CAAAAGAAAGGUGGCCAGGCCUGCAGCAUGUAAAUCUGCAUGUCCUUUGAUACUCAAUGACUUGUUUUCUGCAGCCUCCCAGGUGACAGGAACUUCUCCUCUGUUGACAAGGCUUAUUUAUCUCUGAACCAUUCACUAGCCCCUUUAUAAGCCUUUCAGAGAGUUGAUGAGUCUCCAGUUCUUGCUGGUUUCUGAGAACUUAACUUAUUGCCACACUGUAGUGGCCUGAUUCCCUCUGGAGUGUUCUAGAUGGAGGCCUCCGAACCAGGCCUAAUCGAAAUGACAGGGGACGGGAAAGGGUCUGUUGUGAAAUUUUGCUGAAUGGCAGUAGUUAUUCAGUCAGAAGUUGCAUCAGUGUUUCUUCUCUUGUGUACAUGGUUUCCUGGUUUGAAAGAACAACAGGAUUUCUGACCAUGGCAGACCUAGCCUCGGACACAUCUCUGAUUAAUGUAACAGAAGAUUUUUUUGACACAGCCUUGAUUAUUUCAAGAAGUAGUAGUAAAGGGAAAAGUCAGAUGUUGGAUUCCUUCAUAUUUGCCUUAGGAUUUCUGGUGACAGAAGAGAGUGUAAAUCAUUUGAUCCAGCAGGAGGCAUUGAGGACCUUGAACCGCAUUCUGCAGGCUGUACCUCGGGAAGAGAGAAGACAACUCAUCAUGUCAGAAGGCCCGUGUCGUCUUAUGAAAGACCUUGCAAGGACAAUCUUGACUGUGGGUGAUUAUGACCAGCAGGUGUCUCUUAGUGAAGCGUUGUGUAGACUGACCACGAAAAACUCAAGGAAAGACUUUGUCCAUCAGUGGUUUGAAGAUGAUACCAUAGCUGAGGCUUUCAAAGAAAUUAAGGAUCGAGAAUUUGAGACGGAUUGUAGACGAUUUCUCAAUCACCUAAAUGACAGACUUGGUGACCAAAGAAGGGUCUAUUCGUUUCCAUGCAUUGCUGCUUUUGCUGACGAGCAUGAGAUGAGAAAACCUGCAGAUGAAAAAUUAGAGAAAUUUUGGAUUGAUUUCAACCUAGGAACUCAGAGUGUAACUUUUUAUAUAAACAAUCCUGAGAGUGCUCUGUGGGAUGCAGUAAGACUUUUGAAGGAAGCAGUGAUUAAUUUCAGCGUAAUAGAAACUGAGAUGAAGAUGCUCAAAAUUUACCUGAAGAAGCCUGUUAAUAUCAGAAACAAAGAAGUGACGAAAAUAGAAAUCCAUUUUGAAUCGCAGUUCAACAUAUCACAAGCCUCCAUUAAAGCUUUAGGAGAAGACACAGAGGUGAUGCCUGACCGGACAAAAACUUCCUCCGACCUUUUUGGUGAGUUUGAGAAAGAAGACACUGAGAUUCCCAGCAGCCACGAAAAAGAGACGGACCAAGCAAGGGAAUCCACCCAGCUGGCGGAGUUAACCAGUGCUGGAGAUGACCACUGCCUAACAGCUCUCCCCUUAAAUAACCAGUCUGAGCCUGCUCAAACAAAUACAGCUGAUAAUUCACUUGAAAAAUCGGAAUUGGAUGAUACACGAAAAGUUACUUCAAAGCUCGAGUAUUCUUUAGAUUUACAAGAACCAUCAGCAAAAAUGCAGGUGGCUAAAUUAAAUGAUACACCUAGGGAAGAAUCUUUUGAGGGUGACAGAAAGCAAGAAACAAAGACGUCGUUUAAUUAUAGGAAACAUCUCUUCUCGGAGAGUAGUCAGGAUUCAAGUACUAGUGCCAGUGAACUAUCUUGGACCAGUACCAGUAACCAAAAACGGAAAUCCCUAAAGUCAUAUCCUAGCAGAAAAAAGACAAGAACCAGAAGUAGCUUAAAAGUCUUGCCACGUUUCCCUCCCAGGAGUAGCAGAGACCUUGAGAAAGACCAAGCUAAAAUUCUAACACCAUUAUGGAAAGAUACCUCCAGGCAAAAUAAUGUCACACCUCCAAAAGUUUCUGGAACAAAAUUUCAGAGUAGUUCUGCCUUUUUAACUCCUGAAGAUUCUGCCCAGAAAACAGAGCUUCAAAGUCCCCACCCACUGAGCGACCUCUCUUCCUUGGAGCACUCAGAUGCUGAGGAAAACAUAUCUGAGACUGUGACCCAAGAGUCAUUGCUGGAAAGUACUAGCUUCAAACAUAAACUGCAAAACUUGGAAGACAGAGGCGGAGCAGCUGGUCAGUUCACUGAGUGGAAACAGUCACGACUGGAAGAAGGUGAUAAACCAGGACCCCUUUCCUCAGUGGCAGAAGAAGCAGACUUGGCAGGCAUUUCUACCUCAUCCUUAAAAGUUAUGCCAGAGAACUUGACAGGUUCUUCAAUGAUCACCACCUUUGAAAACCUCGCUAAAGAACUGAAAAGAAAAUACGAGCUUAGGUACAGAGGGAGCCCACUUUAUUCAAAAACUGAGAAGCAAGCACCAGAUUGCCUAAUGAAACUUCUAAACCAGAUACAUCUGUGCAGGCUGGAUAAACUAGAACAGUUUCACAGUUUUGUUCUUCAAGAACUGAGCAAGCUCGAGAAGGAUCUUCAGGGUCUGGAAUGCCUGGAGGAGGAUGUUCUGGGAUUUUGGGGGAAGCAGUCUGAUGAUCUGAAAUCAUUCUGUGAACGGCAACUGCUGAGUCUGAGCCAUGGGAAGGAGAGAAAGCUGCCUCCAGUCACACCAGCGGUGCCUUAGUGCUCUGGGUUCAUUCACUCCAAACGGAAUUCCUGAGGCCUGCCAAGUUGGAAUAGCCUGUACUAUGUUGGUAGUUUGUCCAUUUGUUUACAAAGGUUGUUAACCUUUUGUAUUAAAAUUUGGUCAGAAAAUAGGAAGUUUGGGAUGUUUGCCAACUUGGAGUGAUGUUGGGUGUUUUUUUUUUUUUUUUUUAAUGAUUUUUAAAAGUAAAAUUGAUUUUUGUUUGAGAAGUGUGUUCAAGUUAUUUGGGGGCAGAGAAAGCUUGGCAUCUGUAUAUAUACUACUUAGUAUAUCUCUUUAAGGGAGAGUUUACUUUGAAUGGGAUGAAAAUAGCUCAGAUGAAAAUGGUGUUAUAUUUUGAAAUAGUUACUCUUUUGUUAGAUCUGCAGAUGUUCUAGUUUCUCUAGAACUUUAACAAAACUACCAGCAUUAGCAGAGGAGAAAUAUUCAUGUUUUGAUAAUUACUAAAUGCUCUAAUAAAGUCUGGUACAUGAAGUUGUAUAUAUCAGUUGAGUGAAUUUAUUUUAGAAAAAUGAAACCUAGGUAAGUUAAGGCCAUCUACAAAGGAACUUUGCUUAUGAUUGGAUACGUACAAUUAGAGACUGUAGACUGAAAACCAGCUUAUACAUUAUAUAAUUAAGUUAUAUAAUAUAGCUUAUUUAUAGUUUAAUCUGCCUAAAGCAAUCUUUACAACCCAUCUGUCAUCUUUUGAGAAUUUUUUAAUGAGCUAUGUUUUAGUAUAUUGUUGUAAGCUUUAUAGAGUAUAAGAGCGUUUAUUGAAUUAACUUUGUUUUCAGAUGUGAUUCACAUUUAAAUCAAUAGAUUUUGGGUAAAGCAGAUCGCCCUUCAUGAUGUGGGUGGGCCUCAUCCAAUCAGUUGAAGGCCUUAAGAGCAAAGACUGAAGUUGCUGGAAGAAGCAGUUCUGUUUUAAGAUGGCAGCAUAGAAACCCUGCCUGAGUUUCCAGCCCAUUGGCCAGCCCUGCAGAUUUUGGGAGCCAAUGCUGAAAAAUAUCUCCCUCCCUUUAUAUAUAAUUUACAUAUAUGUGUAUUUUGUAUAUCAAGGUAUCUAUAUGUAUAUCCUACUGGUUCUCUUUCUCUGGAGAAUCCUGACUAAUACAGGGUGUCUCAAAGCCAGCGUAGCUGAGACCUCUGCCAGGAGCCUAGGGAAUGAAGUGUGUGUGUGUGUGUGUGUGUGUGUGUGUGUGAGUGAAGGUGGGCAGGGGGGUCAGAGUGGUUAGAAUAUAUGGACAAUGUGUCAGUUCAGAACUUUGAUGCUUUUUAGAAAACUAUGUUAAGCAAUAAAUCUCCAAGAUGAAAAAACUCAGCUUUGCCUUGGGUCAAUGAAAGCUCGAAAAACUUGUUUCUACAUGGGCUAGGAUCUGGUUUAUAGGAGGCCCAGUGUACUUGGUCAGGCUCCUACUUUCCCGGUCAUUUUAUGGUUUGAUUGUCCCGUUUAUGAUAUGGUCAUUAUUACUGGCCAGAUAAUAGAGAAACAAAUGCCGUCUGGAUUCCAGAGGACUGGGCACCGUUGGCUGAAACCCCUUUUACUGGGAAUUCAGGUAAGCUAGGGGCUCGCCUUUCAGUCUUUCCACUGGGUCACUGGAUUUCUUCGUGUGGCACAGGGACGUUUGAUGGUUUAUAGCAGCACACGGUGCCUCUGCAAUGUGUCGACUUGGCUAGGUGACCUGAAUGUCCCAGAAUCCCUGCUCCUGUCCCUUCCUGGUGAGAGUGGGCCACAGAGAGAGUCCAGUGGGAGGCUUGCGGGGCAGAGGAACGGGCUUGCCAUUUUGUGUGCACAGGCCUGUCUGCUGACUCACCUCAGUGCCAGGCCUGCAGCUGCUCUGCCUUCUCCUGAUCCUCUGUCAGCUCCUUCUCCUGGGCCAGGUGUGUGUGUGUGUGACAGGGGCCAGGUGUGUGCAGAGCUCUGUGACACAGGCCCUGGCUUCUGCAGGACACCCUCAUCACGAAGGUCAGAGGCAGCUAGGCUGGCAGUCUGCCCUUGGGGGCUCCAGCUCAGGGCUUGCUCUCGGUCUUCCCCACUUCGUAUCCAUCCCCUCUUCCUGUCUGCUGUGUGAACUUCAAGCUCCAACAUCAGACCCAAUGUCAACAGCCUUACAGAGGCUGCUUAAUCACUCCCACAGCUGUGUAAGAUCAAGUUCUGUAGGGAAGUGUGUGGGUAUCUCCUAGAGGUCCUGCUUCUCAGCUUGCACCCGAAUUGCACCCAAACACAUAGUGCAAUAGUUU